AUGUAUUCCCGAAACGAUGAAUCCACAGUCAGGCCAAAGGAUUCUCUUCUAUUCUACCCUGGCAAUGGAUUCAGACUACAGCUACUCAAUGAAGAAUUUCCGCAGCUGUUGAAUGUCCCGCCGACGGAAUACAAUGUCAACGACAUGGUACUGAACAUCCGGUUUCCCACUGAGGUUUGCUGCUUCGCCUACUCCCCAGAUGGCCGCUUUCUCGCUUCGCCCUCGUCUUUGUUUGGGGAGAAGAAUGCUGGCAUAUGUAUAUGGGAUGCAUAUACUGGUACUUGCAUUGGAAUACUUAAGACGCCUGCUCUAUCUAGGACACCUAUGGACAACAUCACCUUCUCAGCCUCGGGCGAGUUAGCGAGAACGUAUGGUUGUGCUAUAGAUGAGCACCUAUAUCCCCUUCCUGAAGAUCAGCACCCGAUUCGGGCUAUAAAAUUACUGGGAGAUGAUAAAAUUGCAAUCGCGUCCAAAAAAGGCCUAGAGAUCUGGGCAUGGAAGACAGAGAAACGUGUUCUGCAUAAGCUUCACGAUGAUACGUGGGAUAUCUGUAGCUUGGCAUUCUCACCGGCACGUCAGUGGUUAGCAGCUGGAUUGGAAAAAGGGAAACCUGGUGAGGGAACUGAUGACAGCUACGCGAUAAAAAUAUGGGACAUAAAUUCAGGAAAGCUAUUGCACACCUCUAACGAUCUCACGUGCAGCGUUUCACAGCUCUCUUUCUCGUUUGAUGCGAAGAGACUGGCAGCAGCAGAUGGAAAGUGGCCCUAUAAGAUUAUCAGUAUUUGGGAUCUCGAGAAGGGGCACUUCGAUCCCCUUGGCUUCGAACUGAUGCAAUAUGACAAUACAGAAAGUAUGGAGUCCUUCCAAUCAAUGGUAUUUUCUCCGAAAGAUUUCAGCCUGGCGGCACUCUUCCACAAUAUCAACGGCAAGAAACACGGCAAGCGAAACGGCAAGCGUGAGCUUUGGAGCACUAUCCGAAUUUGGGAUGCGUCCGCUUUCGAAGACGAAGCGAAUAAACGUAUUAUUCAGACAAAUGGACAUACACAUGCCAUUUGCUGCGUAAAAUUUUCUCAUAAUGGAAAAUUCUUUGCUACUGCCGAUUGCAAUGGAAAGAUAUGUAUUUGGGAUGGAGUAACAGGAAAUUACCAAGUUUCGUUCGAGAGCGAGAGCAACGGCGAUGGUGAUGACGUAUUCCUUUUGAUCUCGCCGGAUGAUGAGAGUCUAGCCACUUGUUCUACCGAUGGCAAAGUGACUAUUUGGGAUGCAGCAACUUGGUCUCCGAGACAAAGGCUUAUCGGACAUGAAAGAGUGGUAUCGUGUGCCGUAUUCUCUCCGGAUGGGAAACGUUUAGUUUCAGCGUCAGACGACAAAACUAAAUGCAUUAUAAUUUGGGAUUUACAUGGAUCCUCGAAUACAGACAAAAUAGUGGAAACGCCACCGACCCGUCGAAUCGAGAUCGCAGAGAAGGAAACGGUACCGACAUGCAUGGCAUUUUCACCGGAUGGGACACAGCUAGCUUGCUCCGCGGAUACUGUUAAAAUCUGGAAUCUA